CCACAGCAGCGGGGUCCAUCAUGAGUUACAAAUCAAGCUCGAGAGUACAAAAAACCGAAGAGGAGCUCAUUCAACUCUUAAACCAGUUGAAAUCAGUUUUAGAAGAAGUUGAUAGACCCCAUGAAGCUGCCAAAGAUUCAAAAUUGAGUUCUCUUCGUAUACCGAAAGACAUCGAACAUUUCAGACGGGAACGAAAGAUUGCUCUUGAGAGAUUGAUGCAGAUUCCUGAACUAAAGCUGGUUGAGUUCCAGUCUAAAGUCUUGAAAGAACAACUGGAAGUUUGUGGAAAGAUGGAGUACACACCGCAAAAUCUUGCUGUUUUACUGCAUCAAUUCUAUGUCAAUCGUAUUGAGCAGCUUGUUCAGUGUAAGUCAAUGCAUCAAACACGGUGGACUCGAUAUGGUUCAAAUACCCAAGUUGUGCAAAGGCUACAGGGUCAUUAUGAGCAUCAAAUGCAUGCUGUUAUAUCUGAAUACCAUGAUGCUAUUGAGCGAGCUCAACGCUUGGCUGAUUGUAUGGAACAAAUUCUUGCGGGUGGGUCUCCAUCUCCAAGCCUUGUGACACAACAAGAUGUUCUGAUCUACCUAAGAUACAAAGUGACAGAACUACACUCUUUCAAACGAGCUAACGCUUACCUCAGGGUUGUUCAUCUGUUACCAUAUCUUCAUGAAAACACAUUUGCUAUGACACACGAUAAGCUAAACACAAAUUCUGCAAAAUCAGACCAUAAGGAGCAGGUCACUGCUUCAGUGAGAAAAAAGUGGCAAGAUGUAGCUCGCCGUGCUCGCUACCAAUCUUCCGAUGGCAGAGGAACACCGACCUCUCAAUCUCCAUAUUCACUAUUCAGUACAAAGCAUGAAACAGCCAGUACUACUGCUACUACUACUACAGAUGAUUCAUCAGACAUGGCUGGAUUUUGUCCAUCAUCGGAGAUUGCACCAGCAUCAGGUGGAGAUACCAUGACAGUACCCUGCAAUACAACUGAUCUGACAAAGCUGCGUCCUCUAUUGGAACAUCUCAUGGCUUGUUAUGAUAUCAAAAUGAGUGUGGAGUUUCUUAGCAGUGCAGAUGAGCUGGAGCUAUUCUAUAUUGUCAACAGAAAGUUUAAAGCAAUCUAUCAAAGUCAGGAAGAAAAGUUGACGUUUCACACUGCAGGAGGUUCCAGUGAGGAUGUGGCAGACAUGAGCGUGGAAAGGAAGGUGUUUAAAAAGCAGUCGGCCUGGUUACCAUAUGUCAAUAUUAGACCAGAACGAAUGCAGUUUGAAGAUAGUCUGAUUGGAAAAUUACGGGCAGAUGAUUACAGUGAUCCUUUACUGCUUGUAUUAUCACACUCGUUGAACUUGGCAGAUAUUCAGAAGUUGCAAUAUGCACUGAAACGACACGCAGCAGACGUUCGACGUGAUCUCAGCAACUCAUCUAGCCAGAGUUCCAGUAAGACGACUAACAUAUGGAAAAACAUUUUCUGCGGAUUCGACCCUCAUGAUCCUAGUUUUAAUCCUCACCAUGAUUCCAUUCCUUCUACAUCUCAGGAGGAUCAUCAGCAUGCUUCUUCUGCCACUAUCAGACUGAAUGUUCUAGGGAGUGGAUUACCCAAAACUCAAAGUUUGGGAACAGAGUUUGAUUUCGGAAGUGCAAUUCAGUUUUUGGAAGGCAAUGAAGGAGCCUUGUUUGGUAGGAAGACAGCAUCAGAACCAAUCUACAAAGAUGGAUUUAUGUCAUUUCUGUAUUUGAGACAUUUGAGAAUGAGAGACUUGAGAAUCAAGUGCUUGUCAAUUCUCAACUACUUUCGUUCUGUUCAACGAACUCUGACAGUCAUUGAUUCUAGGGUGCUAUUGAUAUGUUCAGAAGAAGAAAACGGGCAGUCUGCAGUGUUUUCUGGAGCUUCUUAUGUGUACAACACUCCUGCUGAGUGCAGACUUGACUGGGCAUCAGCAAUGGAAUCAAACGAGUCAGAGUAUCUUGAUGACUUCUACAGUGGAGAUGAGGCCGGAUGUGUUGUCGUUCAAGACAGGAAGGGUUGUCACAUUAUGUAUGACUCAGCCAUCGAUGAUUUCAGGCACUUGGAACAUCAGAUGUUGUUGGUUGGGAGUUAUUAUAUUGAACUGUCUGCAGGGAAGACGUUUGAGAAGAAGAAUGCACCAAAAGAGAAAAGUCAGGCUAUUGACAGAUUUGCAGUUUUGUUUGAUUUAUGGAAUCAAGAAGCUGCUUAUCUUGACAGCAAAAGGAAGCUGCUCAACUGUUACUUGGAGGCAUACCACAAUGUGUUUGAUCCAAACGAGAAACGGAAUCUGGCUCAGGUGAUGACAAACGUUAUGUUUUCAAGACCUCGGUUUGACGCUUCAGCCGAGUAUUUUAUUCACAUUUAUCAGGAAGAGAGCCUUUGCUUGCAGCUACAGAAAACGCUUGUUGUGAAGAUUCUUAAUAAGCAGAUUGAUUCUCAAAGACAGUAUCUUGGACGAAUUCUCUCAUCACAGGAAGUCAGUCCAGAAGAAAACUUUGGAUUGCCAUUGAAUGUAAUUUUACAGCAACCAAUAGCACUAACUGAUGCCAGCACUGCUCUGAAUCCAGUUCAUCUUCUUGAAUUCCAUCCAUCUCUUUGUCUUGCCAGUCGCCUAUCAGGCUCUCUUUCAUCUUCGCUACAUGAAGUUCUUCAUAUGUUCAAAGCACACACGCCAUUUGCUGCUGUGAAGUUACACAUCCAGUUAUUGAGAACUUCUCAUCAGGAAUUUGAUUUGAUGAAAGACAUUAGCUUGGACUACACAAAGGCAAUACAAGACAAUCUAUUCUGUGAUAUAGUGUGUGAAGAUCCUCGUAUACUUGUGAAGAUCUGUGUGUUGCUAUGCCAGUGUCUACAACAGCAUGGACAACUGUCUCAAUUAGAACUGAGCCAGCAACAAACAAAAGUCUGGACGCAAGUUUUAGAGCUCAUUCAACUGAGACAUCAUUUGAUUGAUGUUUGUCACGAGACAGCUCUGCUUGUGAAGAUCUACAAGCUGCAAGCAAGUGAUGUGGGAUUUGGUCUUCACAAUGCCUUUGUGAGGCCAGUACAGUUGGAGCAAUCAGCAGGUGUAGUUGGUACAGAGAAUCGUAUACCUUCAGCUAUGGGGCUGACAAAACAAGAUGAUGCCACACUUGAUAGGUUUAGUUCAACGCUGUUAUCUCUUGCUGUUCACGAAUUGGAUGAAAAUCAGGUGGGAACGUUCUCUUUUAGAAGCAAACUGGCAAUAGAGCAGCUGCUGAAUCAUGAAGGAAUAAAACAAAUGCAGACAGUAUUGAAAGCUCAAACUGCGACAAGAGCUGCUUUUACAAUUGCUGUACAGCAGAAUGUGUUGAGUCACCUUGCAAGAUCAAAGAAGAAAACUGAUGGGACUGAUUUGGAAGAGCUAUUAUCUGAGGGACCAGAUGAGCAGGACAGCUCUCGGUCAUCUGCCACUGCAAAGUCUGAUUCAGGACCUAAUUUGGCAGAGCAGAUUCUCCAGAGUUUCAGUGCAGUGAAGCACAGACAGUUCUUCUUUCUCUCUGUUCAGCUUCUGAAGAGUCCUGUAAUGCAAGAGGCAAUGGUGCAAUAUUCAAGAAAACCAGCAACUGUUUUGAAUGAUCCAAAAGAGCGAGCAAAAGCCAAGUGUGAUGUAAUCAACACGUAUUCUGAAACUCUGGUUUCAGGACUUGUAACAUAUUCCCUUCGUAAUCAGAUUUCUGCUCUGUUGGAUAGUACUCAUGAACUAUUUGGACAGUUUCCAGCUGUCAGGAAUGCAUAUUUUCAAGUUAGUGGUGACCCUGUUCAAGAAGGAAUGCAAAAGAAGAAGCAACUCAAGAAACAAUUGGUAACAUCUCCGUUGAGAUCACAAUCCGAAAUGUUAGCUAAGCAAAGUGACAUAACUGUAUUGGAUGAUCCAAGAAAAGUUUACAUGAGACCACGGCAGAUGAUUUCACUUGAUGGGAAGAGGCUACUUAAUCUGUGGUAUUUGCCACACUUUGGUGAGGUUUUUGAUAUGUGUUCUGAUCUUUCUGGUCAGUUGUUAAUUCAAAGUCUUCAAACUGUCCUGAGAAUUGUUUCGUCUCUUCAUACAAUUGCAAUGUUCAUUACUACAUAUGCCAGGCUUGGUGAAAGCUUUGGUCUUAAAGUGAAAUCCAACCUGCAGCAUGGCACUUCAUGGGGAGGGGCUGAGCAUUUAGGAUCAGAACUACAGGAUCUUCAAAAUAAGAUCACACAUUUAUCAGACCCUCAAGAUCCUUUGUUGGUAGCUGAUUAUCUGGAGUAUCAUUCUCAAGUUUUGUUCCAGUCAUUUUAUGUUGCCAUUGCAUGCAACCUUAGAGACAGCUUGCUUCAUAGUGGUUAUGAGCGAGCAUUCCAGGAUAUAACAGAUGGCAUGAAGGCAUUUCUACAUGUUGCGAGCAAGUCUCACUGUUUAGCAUUGACAUUACCAAUGUGUGCAGUACCUGAACCAUUUGUUGCUUCAUCAAAGCUUGCGAAUAACCUGUUUCCAAGAAGAUCGUUUUUGAGUCGAGUUGGGUUAAAACCAUGUGUUAUAUCAGAGCGCUGUAGGAUAGAACAACGUGUCUACACAUGUCUCUCUUGUCUUGACAACAAGGGCAGAGAGCUUGCUAGCGGUGAACUUAUGGCAGUCAAUCUUUUGCUUGAAGAUGUCUUGGACAAUGUGCACAAAGAGCCUGGCAUAUUGAGAUUUAGCCAUCGCCGUAGUGCUGACUCUGGAGGAGACCAUCAUAGCAGUGGUCAAGAAGUGAAGGUUGAGAAAGCAUUUUUUAGAUCAUCGACAGAUAGUGCAAUUGCUUCAAGACAUUCAGGCCAUCAUAUGGCUGGUAUUGAUCAGCUCAAGGUUUUGAAAGAGAUGCUGCAAUUUCUGAAAAUAUCCUCUCAAUUGGAAAGCUUGAAGCAGCAGUGGGCACAGCACUUGUUGGAGUUGCAUCAUCCUAUUUGCACCACUAAGCAUUUCAGAAUAUAUGAGGAAUCAUAUUGUAUGAAUGUUUUGGAGUCAGUCAAGCAUGCCGUCCUGUCAUCUUCAGAUUCUUCUCUAGCGGAGAGUAGACGACUUUCAUUUCAAAUGCCUUCAGUAGAUCUUGAGAAGAUAAAUAUUUCUGAGACCAAAUUGCGGUGGCAUCAGGUGAGCUUCUUGCUUGAGCUGCUGGAAUGCCACAUGAUAGAAGAUAUGAAGAGACAUUUUGACAAGUUGCAUGACUUUGUGUUAGCUGAGCGUUUGCGAGAUGAUGAUAACUUGCCUCUAGAUCUGUGGAAGACUGUGCAAACAAAAGAGAUGUGUAUGGUACAACGUCCCUUGUUGGUAGAAGAAUUUUCAAUGGCUUUGUUGUCUGCUCAUUCUGAUCUUGGUGACACUAUUUGUUUUCAAAAGGAUCACUUGAACUCAUGUCUAACUGAGCUAGCUGCUAACGUAAUGCAUCGGGAGAAGAUGGUUUUCAGAAGCUACAGUUCAUUUUAUGAAAGUAUGCUGAGACAACAAUUUAGUGCUUUACAAGUGAAGCAGAAGGAAGUUGAGAAGCUAAAUGAUGCACUGAAAGCUAGUGAAGAGACAAAUACAGUGGAACUCAAUUGCCAGUUAGCAGAAAAGACUUUGCUGCUGCUGCAACAAAUUGGUGAUUUGAAAGCCAAAGUGCGAGCAUUGGAGAAACAGUCAAAGUUGGAGAUGCACACCUUGUUGAUCAUUUUUCUGGUAUGUGAACAGACUUGGAUGGAUGAGUUUGAAAUUUUGUCAUCACUGCUUAAAUUCAUGCAAGAAAUGCGACAGCAGGAGUCUAUGAAAAGGAGCUAUGAUGAUCUUGUUCACAAACUCUUCUCUUCAUCAACAGCUGUUAAGGGCAGGUUUGAGGAGUACAGAACCGGAUUAUAUGAUGAUAUGAUCAACUCGGUCAGGCUAGUAAGAUCAGCUGCAAUUGAAGGGAUGAGGAAAAUCCGACGCAAAGCAGCUGCUGGUUUACAGCAUCAUCAAGACGAGAACGAUCUUGAACAGUCCCUGCUCAAGGCUGACUGUGACUUAGACAUACAGAGAGAGAAUGCUUUGUUAACCGAAAAGCUACUAAAACUUCAAACCAUCAAUGCCUGGAAACACAACUCUACACGAUCUCUCUAUGGUCAACAGUUGUCUCACGCUCAAGAGGAGAGAGAUGAAGCUAAAACUGAAUUGUUCAAUUUAAAAAUCCACAAUGAUGAUGAACUGAAGUCUUUGGAAGACCAAAUAGUAACUCUUCGGAAGACACUACAACUUACUGAGGAACAGUGUCAAGAACUGAAGAAGCAGUUGACUGAAGAGAGAAAAAUCUAUUCGAAACGUAUUCAACAAUUGCAGGAAAUGUCUUCACAGCCAAGAGUGGACCGAACAAGGCAGCAAGAUAUUGAGCAUUUGUCUAGUGAGUUGCAGAAUCACAGACAAGCUCUGAGAGCUGUAUCUGAGCAACGAGAGAUGUCAGAACGUAGGACAAUCUAUGAGAAAGCGAAGAGCCAAAAGACAGCACGUCAGCUGCAGCAGCAACUAGAACAAGAACGAUCACUCAAAAGAGAAGCCUUUCACUUGGUCAACGAUCUUCAGGAAAAGGUGAAUGAUUACGAGACAUUACAGCAAAUGCCUAGCCGGUCUAUUCAAUCCGCUCCUGCUGGUGGCCGUGUGGGUGCAUCUCCUUCACACAGACGUCCUCUCUUAUCGUCUCGUCAGUCUACCCGACCUGCUUGGCCUUCACGAAGCAACACUCCAGACCCUUCUGGAGCAGCAAAAUUACAAGUCAAACUUCAAAGGCCUAAAACGUCUGCCGGUCAGUUGCGUUCGAGGUUGGCCGAGUCAUUGAUGUCUUCGGCGCCCACUCUGGGACUCUUCGGAGAGGAGGAGGUUCGUGCACUGUCAGAGGGAAAUCUAUUGCAUUGACUACGAGCUCAAACUUGUGGCCGGCGACCGAACCGAGAGCAACUACUCUGGUGGUGUAUGUAUCUGUAAUUUGUAUGAUGUGUAUACAUGCAUGGAGUUUAAACUCAAACUCGAUGUGUCAUUCACUGCAGACACGUCUAGCUGGAUGUUGUGAAGGGCUGUUGGAAUGUAAGUAUAUAAUUAUGGAUUAGUACCGUA